GGCAGUAAAGGGAGAACAUGAGAGUCGAUCGGCGGUAGUAGGCGGUUGGAUUUUCGCGUACGCCACGCGCACCACGUCGUUAUAGUGAAUAUUUCUAAGUGGUCAUGCCUGUGACAUUUUUACCCGCGUUUUUGUAGUCAUAAGCCGGAGUUUCAGUCUCAGCUGCCUCUUUAAACGCAUGUGUCUCUACCCAUUCGCCACAUGACUUGUGAGAAAAAGCUGGCACGUUAAAGUUGACACCAGUUAAAGUUGACAGCGACAAGAAGUUUUGCUUUCUACGUGCUCGCAUUUUCUUUCACGGUGUUUGAGCGCCGAUGUUCGGUUCAACCAAUUGGUGAGCGUUCAGGAAAAAUAAUAAUACUCUCCGGCCGUUUCACCAGCUCGUGCAGAAUACUCGACGAUGGGAGUACUGAUGCACGAGAUGAACAAUGGCCAGGAGACGAAUACAGCCGAAACAAAGGUUCACACACUGCCUAGGCGAUCAGAGAACGACGAAGACAGUGUAAAAAUUAAGGAUGAAGAACGUCUCAUGGAAAACGACUUGGUGAAUACCGUUGAUAUUGUAUUCGAGGACAUCAAGUAUACCGUGUCAUUAGGUUGUAAGAAAGGUCGAAAGGAGAUAUUACACGGAAUCAAUGGAAGACUUCCAGCGAAACAUUUAAUUGCCUUAAUGGGCCCAUCCGGGGCAGGGAAGUCGACCUUGUUGGAUAUCCUGUCGGGAUUCAGGACGACUGGCGUGAAUGGAAACGUCUACGUCAACGGCUGCGUUCGGCAGAUGAAUUCAUUCCGAAAAUGUAGCGCGUACAUCACGCAAGAUGAUCGUUUGGAAGCUCUGUUGACGGUCAUCGAGAACAUGACUGUCGCAGCUGACCUCAAGUUGCCUACCAACAUCUCCAAAAGUAAGAAGGAAACGAUAAUUAAAAAAAUCCUAACUACUUUGGGCCUGUACGAGCAUGUGAACACUCUAACGGGAAAAUUAAGCGGCGGACAGAAAAAAAGACUAUCCAUCGCUUUGGAGUUAGUUAAUAAUCCGACCGUUGUGUUCCUCGAUGAACCGACCACAGGUUUGGACAGCUCAUCGUGUACGCAAGUAGUGAACUUGCUGAAACUACUCUCACGACAAGGAAGGACGAUCGUCUGCACGAUUCAUCAACCCAGCGCGUCGAUCUUUCAGUUAUUUGAUUUGGUUUACGUAUUGGCCAACGGAGAUUGCUUGUUUCACGGUGCAACCAGCCAGCUGGUUUCUUAUUUGGAGAACGUCAAACUACCAUGUCCUGUAUACCACAAUCCAGCUGAUUACGUGAUUGAAUUGGCUUGCGGCGAAUACGGAGAAGAUAAAAUAGCGUUGCUAAUAUCGAGUUCAGGAAACGGUAACAAUACACAGUGGUUCGAAAAUGCUGACGCACUUAUGAAUGUAAAUGGUUUGAAAACACUGGAUUCGGAUAAAAACGCUGUGAAUUUAAAUAGAGAAAGUGGCCUUCAGGCUACUCCUUUAACACAUCAGAUCCGAGUUCUAAUAAGAAGAGGUUUUAUUAUGUGUAAACGAGAUGUUACGUUAACAUAUUUACGAAUCCUAGUCAAUGUAGCUGUCGGCUUGAUGCUUAGUCUGGUCUUCGUCGAAGCUGGUAUCGACGGUGCCAGAGUAUUAGAUAAUUACAAUCUUUUGUUCUCCAUUCUCAUACAUCAUUUGAUGACCUCGAUGAUGCUCACCAUUGUUACUUUUCCCAUGCAAAUGAACAUCCUGUUGAAGGAACACUUCAACAAAUGGUACAGUCUAAAAGCAUUUUACACGGCCGUAACAAUCGUCGAUUUACCGGUUUCGAUAACAUCCUGUCUGCUUUUCACCCUAAUAACGUAUUUUGUCACGUCCCAGCCGUUAGAAAUGUCACGGUUUCUCAUGUUUUUCGCGAUUAGCUUGUUGGUGGUUUUGAUAUCACAGGGGACUGGUCUCAUGAUUGGAGCAGUAUGCAACGUAAUUAACGGAACAUUCGUGGGGCCAACGUCGACUGUACCGUUAAUGAUGUUCUCUGGUUUCGGCCUGACAUUACGUGACAUGCCAGUUUAUCUCAAGUGGGGUACAUACGUCAGCUUUUUGCGAUAUAGUUUGGAAGGAUACGUUGGUGCCAUUUAUGGAUUUGAUCGACCAGUAUUACUUUGCAAGGAGAAGGAAAAUUUGUAUUGCCAUUACCGAUAUCCGGCAAAAUUUCUUUCUGAUAUCGCCAUGGAUGGUGAUCAAUUUUGGAACGACAUCGUGGCACUCGUAACGAUUCUUUUGUUAACGCGAUGCGUCGCGUAUAUACUUCUCAAAUGGAAGAUCAUAUCUUUACGAUAAAUGGAUUUGUUUCAAAGCAAACGUCGAACUUAUUGUUUUGAUGUUGUUUCUUAUCAAAGUGAUUAACGAUCGCUAUUCAACUCUAGGAGAAUGUUACGUAAGAA